AUGAAUAGAGAGAAAAGAGAACCCGAAUAUCCCGCUGAACUUGAAUCGCAAUUUGUACUCAGACUUCCUGAAGAGCCAGCAAAGUUACUCAGAGAGGUGCUCAAGUCAGGGGAAAAUCUCAAAAAUCGUUUGACUAUUCAGAUAGAAAACGAUAUGAGACAUGGUGAGGUGCGAUUUGAUCACUGGUUGAUGCAUGCGAAGAUAGUCGAUUUACCCACCAUUAUUGAAUCGCUAAAGACAAUUGAUAACAAAAGUUUCUAUAAGACUGCAGAUAUUUGUCAAAUGAUGAUAUGUAAAGACGAACCUGAUACCCCGUGCAUAGAAGAAGAGACCCCACCAAAGAAUAAGAAAAAGGACCCCUAUAAAGUGGACAAAAAGUUUUUAUGGCCCCACGGUAUUACUCCACCUACAAAGAAUGUUCGUAAAAGACGUUUCCGAAAAACUUUGAAGAAAAAGUAUGUGGAAGCUCCAGAAAUAGAAAAGGAAGUGAAGAGACUCCUGCGAGCAGAUAAUGAAGCUGUUAGUGUGACAUGGGAAGUAAUCAAAGAGGAAGAUGACUAUCCUAAGCCUGAACCUGUCUCAUCUUCUCAUUCAAAACCUGAUCGCAAGCCCAAAGUUGAGCGAAGUUCUAAACGAGAAUCCACAACAUCUGAUGCUACGAAUCCAGAAUCUUCUAAUGUUGUUGAUAUAUUUGGAGGAGCUGUAAGUGACAGUGAUGAUGAAAAUAUUAAUGUUGAGAUGGAAGAUAGCCGAUUAUCUGCAUAUGAUAGUCGUUUGUCUGAUACAAAUUCAAUGCAUGGUAUAGGAGACAUGCAUUCAAAGAGAGAUUUCCCAAUUCAGUUUGAGUCACGAAUGUUCCAAGGGGGACAAAGCUCUAAGAGGUCAGCGAGCCACAGUCGCGCCACUACUCCUGCAGUGUCUGUCGUAUCUAAAAGUGGAGGUAUGUCUUCAGAAGAUGAUGGUGAUUAUCAAUCACGGGAUAUGUCUAAAGAUAACAUGCAAUUCAGAAUAGAGCAAUUAAAAACGGAACUGGAGGAACUAAAGCAACGCCGACAAAGAACUCAGCAUGAAAUUGCAGGAAUGGAGAAUUUGGCUUUAAGACAGAGAUUCCAAGAUAUUUUACACACCUUAAAUCAAGAUAUAAUGUACAAAGAAAUGGAAUACCAAGGCUUACUAACUCUUCAGAACUCUGAAGAUAUUUAA